AUGCAGCACUACAAUAACAACUACUACUACUACUACAACUACAACUUGAGCUAUGAACCGCCGGAGGAGCGUUCGAUGGGCGGCGGGGGGAAGAGGAGCGGUCGGCGGUGGCAGCAGCUGGUGCGGCGAACGCGGUACGAGCUGCAACAAUGGCCGCUGCUCAUGCAACUGCUUUUGUUCGUGCUGUGGCUAAGCGCCAAGUUUUGGCAGCUGGUCAACGAGCAGGUGACCUACCGCCGCAGGAGGUGGCAUUGACGCAGGUGGCGAGAGAAAGGACAUCGGGUGUGUUGCUUGGUAUGAGUUCGAUCUAGGCUUAAGUUGUGAAAAUUAUGCCCACACUCUUACAAUCUCAUCUCAAUAAAAUUAAUCAAAAUGUGCUGCGUAGUGGAAGCAGCGAACCAUA